GAGGAGCCGGAGCCGGAGCCGGAGCUGGAGCCCCGCAGAUCGCCCGCGAAGAUGAAGGCGGCGGAUGAGCCUGCCUACCUGACAGUGGGAACCGACGUCAGUGCCAAGUACCGGGGGGCCUUCUGUGAGGCGAAAAUCAAGACUGUGAAAAGGCUGGUGAAAGUAAAGGUACUCCUGAAACACGAUAAUACUACACAGUUGGUGCAAGAUGACCAAAUAAAGGGUCCCUUGAGAGUUGGAGCUGUUGUGGAAACAAGGACAUCAGACGGGUCUUUUCAGGAAGCCGUCAUCAGCAAGUUGACAGAUGCCAGCUGGUAUACUGUGGUGUUUGACGAUGGCGACGAGAGAACUCUGAGACGCACCUCACUUUGCUUAAAGGGAGAGAGACACUUUGCCGAGAGCGAGACCCUGGACCAGCUUCCAUUGACAAAUCCAGAGCAUUUUGGAACUCCCGUCAUCGCCAAGAAGACAAACAGAGGAAGGAGGUCUUCGCUUCCUAUUACUGAAGAUGACAAGGACGAAGAAAGCAGUGAAGAAGAAGAUGAAGAUAAGAAACGCCUCAAUGACGAGUUACUAGGAAAAGUUGUCAGUGUGUUGUCUGUAUCUGAGAAGACCGAAUGGUUUCCUGCUUUGGUAAUAUCUCCCAGCUGUAAUGAUGAUGUCACAGUGAAAAAAGACCAGUGUUUAGUCCGAUCAUUUAUUGAUUCUAAAUUUUAUUCAAUAGCAAGAAAAGACAUCAAGGAAGUUGACGUUCUCAGUCUCUCUGACUCUGAAAUCUCUGCGAAGCCAGGGCUGCAGAAAGCAAGCAUCUUCAUACGAAGUCGAGUUGUUCCUGAUAAUUGGAAAACAGAUCUAAGUGAAAUCCUUGAGUCAUCCAGUAGUGAUGAUGAAGAGAGUCCAGCACGGGAAAAAGAAGAAGUGAAGGAAAAAGAGGCCAAAAAGGAAGAAGAGGUGAUGCCUGAGGAAGAACUUGAUCCUGAAGAGAGGGACAACUUCCUCCAACAGCUUUACAAGUUUAUGGAAGACAGAGGUACUCCAAUCAACAAACCACCAGUUCUAGGCUACAAAGAUCUCAAUCUUUUCAAACUCUUUCGACUGGUUUAUCAUCAAGGUGGAUGUGACAAUAUUGAUAGUGGCGCUAUAUGGAAGCAAAUUUAUAUGGACCUCGGCAUUCCUAUUUUGAACUCGGCUGCUUCCUACAAUGUAAAAACUGCAUAUAGAAAGUAUCUCUAUGGUUUCGAGGAGUACUGCCGUUCUGCAAAUAUUCAGUUCAGAACCAUUCAUCACCAUGAACCAAAAGUAAAAGAGGAAAUAAGAGAUUUAGAAGAACCAAUGGAAGAGGCGGUAAAAGUGGAUCAAGAAAUGCCUUUAGUAGAAGUGAAGUGUGAACCUGAGGAAAACGUUGAUUCAAACAGUGAAAGUGAGAGAGAAGAAAUAGAAUUAAAAUCUCCAAAGGGUCGAAGGAGAAUUGUUCGAGAUGCAAAUUCUAUUAAAAAAGAAACUGACGAGGAGAAAACGGAAGAUAGGCUAAAAGAUACCGAUUCAGAAAAUAAGGAUCUCGACGAUGACUACGAAACCGGGGAGCAAAAAGAGAACGAACUGCUCCUGGGGAGGAAGAGCAAGCCGAAGGAGAAGAAGAUCAGAAAGCAAGAGGACUCCGACAAGGACUCCGAGGCCGACGAGGAGAAGAGCCACGAGAGGGAAGAAACUGAAAGCAAAUGUGACUCUGAAGGGGAGGAAGAUGAGGAGGACUCAGAGCCUUGCUUAACAGGAACCAAAGUGAAAGUCAAGUACGGAAGAGGAAAGACCCAGAAAAUCUACGAAGCCAGUAUUAAAAGCACUGAGAUCGAUGAUGGCGAAGUUUUGUACUUAGUCCAUUACUACGGGUGGAAUGUCAGAUAUGAUGAAUGGGUGAAGGCUGACAGGAUAAUUUGGCCUUUGGACAAAGGUGGACCAAAGAAAAAGCAGAAGAAAAAAGCUAAAAAUAAAGACGACAGUGAAAAGGACGAAAAGAGGGAUGAGGAGAAGCAGAAGUCAAAGCGGGGGCGACCUCCGUUGAAGUCCACCCUUUCUUCAAACUUGCCGUUCGGCUUGCCCAAAACUCCAAACAGUGAAGGGAAAUCCAGCACCGGCAGCCCCUGCAGCAAUGUGCCCUACAGCUCGCCUCUGUCGAACGGGAUGGAAGACUCUUGUUCAUCUGAUAGUGAAACAGAAGACCUUUUAGAAAAGAGUUUGUUGAAUGAAGAACUUUCUCCUGAGCUUAAAGAAGAAAUAGAAAAAAAUGAAAACUUAAACGAUGAAAAGCUAGAUGAAGAAAAUCCAAAGAUAACCACACAUAUGUUAAAAGAUAACGAUAGGACUCACACGCAGCCUUUAGAACCUCUGAAAUUAGAAGUUAGAGAGAAUGAGCAGAUCGUACAAUUUCUGGGAAAUAAAAUGGAACAUGUAGAAGAAGUUAAGAAAGAUCUAGAGAAAUCCCCAAAGGGAAAGGGAAGAAGAAGCAAGACAAAAGAUCUUCCGCUGGAAAUGAUAAAGAUCUCGUCGUUUAGUCAGGAUGAAGAAGGAAGCGACUCUCACGGAGAAGUUCCGAGCCUUGAAUGCGCUUCCCUGGAGAGCAGACACUUGCCUCCUGCACCUGAAGAUGAAAUGGACCAGAGCUCCAGAGAGAAAAAGUUGAAGCGGAAAAUCCUGGGGCAGUCGUCCCCGGAGAAGAAGAUCAGGAUGGAAAACGGGAUGGAAGUGGUAGGCAGCGGGCCUCAGGAAAGGACUGGUGAUGCUGCUGCAUCCGAGGGCCCGAAAACCUUAAAGUCGGAGCCUCCCUUUGAGCCAGAGAAUGAAGGCAUGCCAUCCCUGGUGGCCGAGUCAAGCCCAGGCGCCCAGGAGCUGAGCGGGGACAAGCCGGACAGUCCGGCGGAAGAAGUGGUCGCUGUCCCGCUGAAGGAGGAGGAGGAUGCCAUGCCGUUGAUUGGGCCUGAGACCCUGGUGUGCCACGAGGUCGACUUGGACGAUCUGGACGAGAAGGACAAAGCCGCUGUGGAGGACGUGGUCGUGGAGAGCUUGGGGUCCCCCUCGCCCGCCGCCUCGGCCCCGCCGGCCCUCCCUCCUGUCGCGCUGCCCAGCUUCUCGGCAGCCUCGCCCCCGGCCCUCAGCCAGGAUGAGUCCCGCAGCGUCAGGAGCGAGAGCGACGUCACCAUCGAGGUGGACAGCGUGGCCGAGGAGUCGCAGGAGGGCCUUUGCGUCCAGGAGCCGGCCAGUGGCUUCGAGGCCAGCAUCGCCCUGGGCUCCUGUGACAUCCUGGUCCCAGAGACAGAGAGCAGAGGGAAAGGUCAGAAAAGGCCAAGUGAUGGAAAUAGUAGAUUAUUGGCCAAAAAACAAAAGCGUACCCCAAAGCGAUCAAGUGCUGUAGCCAAAAAUGAAAAGAAUGGAACAGGGCAAAGCAGUGACAGUGAAGAUCUGCCUGUCCUCGACAAUUCGAAUAAAUGCACCCCUGUGAAACACCUCAGUGUCUCUAAGCCACAGAAGCUCGCACGGUCUCCUGCAAGAAUAUCUCCCCACAUGAAGGAAGGAGAAAGAGAUAAACACAGGGAAAAGCAUCCAAACUCAUCCCCAAGGACGUACAAGUGGAGCUUUCAACUCAAUGAAUUAGAUAAUAUGAAUAGUACAGAAAGAAUCUCUUUUCUUCAAGAAAAACUACAGGAAAUCAGAAAGUAUUACAUGUCUUUGAAGUCCGAAGUCGCAACCAUAGACAGGAGGAGAAAAAGAUUGAAAAAGAAAGAUAGAGAAGUGUCUCACACCGGCGCCUCCAUGUCUUCUGCCUCCUCGGACACGGGCAUGAGCCCCUCGUCAUCCUCGCCUCCGCAGAACGUCCUUGCUGUUGAAUGCAGGUGAUGAACGUUGUUCUUUGCCUCCCAGCAGUUCGCUGCCAUGGACUUGCACCCCCAGCCCUGAAAGACAACCGCAGGAAAGCACUCGACUGGUCGGACCUUGCUAAGCAGAGCUCCUGCAUUCUUCCCUAGGCCGGAUUAGAUCUGUUCCCUUUUCUUUUCUUUUUCUGUU